GUGGUUUUCUUCAUCGCCGUGUCCUGGGCCAUGGAGUUGGAGGUCUCCGUUCCGCUGCCGCAGCGGCAGCAGAAGGUGGCAGCGCUGAUCUCCAACAGGUGCUUGGGCCAAGCGGCAGCGGCCUUGAAACUUGAGGACUACCUCAACACAGUGCCUCUGGCGGCUUCUGGCGAGACCCGCGAGGCUUUGGGGCGCAAGGCGCCUGCUGACGCCAUGGAAGCCCUGCUGGGAGCCGCAGUUUUGGCAGGCGGCCUGGAGGCCGCCUGUGCGGUGAUGCGGCAGCUGCCCUGGUUCGGCACGGAGGAUGGCGAUGGUUAUGCAGUGCCCCUCGGCUCGCCGACAGAUGCUGCCAGUUGGCUUGGAGCUGCAGUGGUGCGCCUCAGCUGCUCCGCUUGGGUUCUUUGCCAUCACCCCGAGCUCUCGGCCCAGGGCCUCUCUGACCUGCGGCAGGAGUUGCUGACGCAAGGAGACGCGUCCUCCAAGCGCUCCGGCACCGGAUGCGGAGCUGGACCGACGUGGUUCCCAAUCCGUUUCGCCAGCGACUUGUACCCAGUGAUUCCUCUGGUGUUGUAG